UCCACUUAUCUUCUCUAUAUAUUCUCAUUAAUUACUGCUAGUUCCAUCAUCUCUUCAUUGUACUACAACAAUGGCUAAUAAUCCCCAUAUAGUCAUGCUACCAACUCCCGGCAUGGGUCACUUAAUCCCUCUUGUUGAAUUCGCCAAACGACUCAUUUUACAACACGAUUUUUCUAUAACACUCAUCCUUCCUACCGAUGGCCCUAUCUCAAAAUCUCAAAAAACUUUCCUUAGCGCCCUUCCCUCGAGCAUCAAUUAUCUCCUUCUUCCUCCUGUUAACUUCGACCAUUUAUCAGACGAUGUUUUAAUUGAAACGCGUAUUUCCCUUACUAUUACUCGUUCUCUUUCUUCUUUACGUGAGAUUUUUAAGUCCGUAGUCGAAUCCCACAGAGUAGUGGCCUUUGUGGUUGAUUUAUUUGGUACCGAUGCAUUUGAUUUGGCUAAUGAGUUCAUGUUGCCACCUUAUAUGUUCUACACUACCACGGCUACAAUGUUGUCUCUAGAUUUGUAUUUUCCAGAGCUUGAUGAAACUGUUCGUUGUGAGUAUAAAGACUUGCAAAACCCUGUUCGUAUUCCAGGGUGCAGGCCUAUACAUGGAAAGGAUCUUCCGGACCCACUUCACGAUAGAAAAGAUGAGGCAUACAAAUGGAUUCUUCACCAUACUAAGAGAUUCAAAAUGGCUCAUGGCAUUAUUUUAAACAGCUUCAUUGAUUUGGAACCUGGACCUAUUAAAUAUUUACAAGAGGAAUAUAACAAUAAGCCAAGAAUUUACCCAAUUGGACCAAUUACACUAAUGGAUAAAAAAGUUGAUCAUCAUGAUGAUGAGUCACAAUGUUUGAAAUGGCUUGAUAAGCAGCCACGUGGAUCAGUAAUCUACAUUUCAUUUGGGAGUGGUGGGACCCUCUCACAUGAACAAAUAAUUGAACUAGCAAUAGGGUUAGAAAUGAGUGGACAAAGAUUCAUGUUGGUACUUAGAUGUCCAAAUGAUAGAAUUCCAAAUGGCACUUACUUCAAUUUCCAAAAUUCAACUAACCCUCUUGAUUUUUUACCUAGUGGGUUCAUGGAAAGGACCAAAGGGCUAGGUCUUGUGGUGCCCAAUUGGGCACCACAAGUUCAAGUUCUUAAUCAUGUAUCAAUCGGUGGAUUUCUGACUCACUGUGGAUGGAAUUCGAUUCUGGAAAGCAUGGUUUGCGGCAUUCCACUUAUUGCUUGGCCUCUUUUUGCAGAACAAAGAACGAACGCAAUAAUGUUAAUUGAGGAUUUAAAAGUGGCACUAAGGCCGGAAAUUUGUGACAAUGGUAUCGUUGGACGAUCGGAAAUUGGUGAAGUGGUGAAAGAAUUGAUGGAAGGUGAAAAGGGAAAAGGAGUGUAUAUUAGAAUGAGAGAGCUAAAAGAUGCAGCAACAAAGGUGUUGAAUGAAGAUGGUUCUUCAACUAAAGCACUAGAUGAACUUGCUUCAAAGUUGAAAAAUGUGUCACGUGAUUAAUUAGAUUACUGAUUAUCCCUAAAUAACAAGCGUUUUAGUUCUAGUUCUGUUUAUGGUUUGGUUAUAGUUUCUUUAUGAUUGAGAAAUUUAUCAUACCAACUUUUAGGAUCAAUCGCGAUCUUAGUAACUUAAAGAUAAUGGGCUUCGUCUCUCCACCAUCCACUUAAA